GGACAAUUAUGAAGCAGCCGGUUAAUAAGUAACGUGUCUCAUUGAUUGCGAACAGGCUCCUGUCAUUUACUGGAUGCAGUAUUAAAAACAGCUGUGGGCCUGUUACAGUCUGGAAAAAAAAUAAUAUUUCCUUCAAAAUAAGGAGGGAGUGUUUGCAUAGGCCCGGAUUAACACAGGUUAGGGACAUCAGUCUCGUAAAGCAGGGAAAAAAUGAUCAAUGACUUCACCAGAGGAUCUCUCAGAACUUCACCCGCUGUGAGAAGUCCAGGCCCAGUUGAGAGACUCUACAGCGGUGGGUAAUUCACUGGUCCAUAAGCGGUCUCCUUUACGUCGAAGCCAUAAGACCUCAGCAUCUCUGACCAAGCUGUCAUUACGUGAUGGACAGAAAGCCAAAAAGCCACUGUGUAAAUUUGAAGAAGGUCAGGAUGUCCUAGCUAGAUGGUCAGAUGGCUUGUUUUAUCUUGGAACUAUCAAAAAGAUAAACAAACUGAAACAGAACUGCUUCAUUAUAUUUGAAGACAGUUCCAAAUCCUGGGUUCUCUGGAAGGACAUACAAACAGGAGCCACUGAAAGUGGGGAAAUGGUCUGUACAAUAUGUCAGGAAGAGUAUUCAGAAGCACCGAAUGAAAUGGUUAUAUGUGAUAAAUGUGGGCAAGGGUAUCAUCAGCUAUGCCACACUCCAAAUAUUGAUUCUAGUGUGAUUGAUUCAGAUGAUAAAUGGCUUUGUCGACAGUGCGUUUUUGCAACAACAACAAAGAGGGGUGGUGCUCUUAAGAAAGGACCAAAUGCCAAAGCACUGCAAGUCAUGAAACAAACAUUACCGUAUAAUGCAACAGACCUUGAGUGGGAUGCAGGUCAUAAAACCAAUGUCCAGCAGUGUUACUGCUAUUGUGGAGGACCUGGAGACUGGUAUCUAAAGAUGUUGCAGUGCUGCAAGUGUAAGCAGUGGUUUCAUGAGGCUUGUGUGCAGUGCCUGCAAAAGCCAAUGCUUUUUGGUGACAGGUUUUAUACGUUCAUUUGCUCAGUUUGCAGUUCUGGACCAGAAUACCUCAAACGUUUACCCUUGAGAUGGGUAGAUAUAGCACAUCUAUGCCUUUACAACCUAAGUGUUAUUCAUAAGAAGAAAUACUUCGAUUCGGAGCUUGAACUCAUGGCCUACAUUAAUGAAAACUGGGAUAGAUUGCAUCCUGGUGAGCUUGCAGAUACACCAAAAUCUGAAAGAUAUGAGCAUGUACUGGAGGCAUUAAAUGAUUACAAGACCAUGUUUAUGUCUGGAAAAGAAAUAAAGAAAAAGAAGCAUUUGUUUGGCUUGAGAAUUCGUGUUCCUCCUGUACCACCAAAUGCUGCUUUAAAAGCUGAGAAAGAACCAGAAGGAACUUCCCAUGAGUUCAAAAUUAAAGGCAGAAAAUCAUCUAAACCGAUCCCUGAUGUGAGGGAAUUAAGUAAUGGCAUAGAAAGAAAGGGGAAAAAAAAAUCAGUAGGUCGUCCACCUGGUCCCUAUACAAGAAAAAUGAUUCACAAAACUCCAGAGUCGUCUCCUCUGGACAGUGAGCCAGUUCCAGUGAUAGAGAACCCAGCCUUGGAAUUACCCUGCACUGUUGGGAAAUCUGAUGGAACUGCACAUUCGUCUAAUACCUCAGAUGUGGAAUCCACAGGUGCUGCCAGUAUGAAAGAAACUACCUCAUCUACCAUUUCCAGACAUUAUAGUUUAUCUGACUCCAGAAAAAGGACUCGUACAGGAAGAACUUGGCCUGCUGCAAUACCACAUUUGAGGAGAAGAGGGCGCUUUCCACGAAAAGCACUCCAGACUCAAAAUUCCGAAAUUGUAAAAGAUGAUGAGAGCAAGGAAGACUACCAGUAUGAUGAACUCAAUACAGAGAUACUUAACAACUUAGCAGAUCAGGAGUUACAGCUCAAUCAUCUAAAGAACUCGAUUACUAGUUAUUUUGGUGCAACAGGUAGAAUAGCUUGUGGGGAAAAAUACCGUGUCUUGGCUCGUCGGAUGACGCUUGAUGGAAAGGUGCAGUAUCUUGUGGAGUGGGAAGGAGCAACUGCAUCCUGACUGUAGGACUGAACAUUAUGUUCACUGCACUGUCAUCUGUAAGUAGAGUUCAUAAUGCAGAGCCACGAGAGAAAUGUGUCUUUAAAUGUAUUUCUAAAAACAAAACAAAACCAGCUUAGCCUUAACAUGUAAUUGUUAUCAUUACAGCUCUUGUGAUAAAGACUUAUCUUUUUAAAAUCUGAUCUGAAACUUAAAUUUUUUAAUCUGAACAUUGUUAGAUUGUUUUAGGUUGGGAUAUUUUGGGUUACAAUUGCUUAAAAAUGUGCAUGGUGUUUUUUUUUUUAAAAAAAAACAUUUUCUAGAGAACAUUCCAUGGAUACAGUUAUUGUGGUUUAGAGAAAAUACUAUGUAGAUAGCACAAAUCUUUGAAAAAUCUUGGUUUGUUUUCUUACCCAGAUGUUUGCAGAAAUGUAUUUCUAUUUCAAUACUUUCUAGAUUUCAUAAGUGCAGUGUAUAUAAUGCCCACUGAAGACUGUAAAAUACUGAAGUUUUCUUUCAAAGUGUAAAAAAAAAAAAAGAAAAAAAUAUAUUGAGCCUGUAAAUUGC